AGAGAGAGAGAGAGAGUAUAUUCGUGAAACAUGGCGAGGUUGAGCGAGCAUGGGAUUCGUCUGAGUUCCAUGAGCCCUUCCUUCCUGAGCAGCAACUCUACGAGUCACACCUGGCCGUUCAGCGCCGUGGCGGAGUUGAUAGACAAUGCGUCAGAUCCUGGCGUAACUGCUAAACAGAUCUGGAUCGAUGUCAUUGAGGAGUCGGGUCAGCUCUGUCUCACCUUCACUGAUAAUGGCAGUGGCAUGACCCCCAGUAAGCUGCACAAGAUGCUCAGCUUUGGCUUCACAGAAAAGGGUUCGGGUAAAGCCAGCCAGCAGGCUAUCGGCAUAUACGGGAACGGCUUUAAGUCUGGCUCCAUGCGUCUGGGCCGUGAUGCCCUCAUCUUCACCAAGAACGGGGGCUGCCAGAGCGUGGGCAUGCUGUCCCAGACCUACCUGGAAAACAUCAAGGCCCAGGCUGUCAUCGUCCCCAUCGUCCCCUUCAACCAGCAGAACAAGCAGCUGGUGGUGACUGAGGACUCGGAGGCCAGUCUGGCAGCCAUCCUCGAACACUCUCUCAUCAACUCCCUGGAGCAGCUCCUUGCACACUUUGACUCCAUCCCUUCUAAAAAAGGCACCAAGAUCCUCAUCUGGAACAUCCGCCGGGCUAAGGACGGCAAGUCAGAGCUGGACUUUGAGACUGAUGUCACUGACAUCCGUAUGCCUGAGAUCCACAUAGAGGAGCUGAAGAAGGACCUGAAGAACAGUGGCUCCCAGAGAGCUGAGCAGAAUAUCCCAGACAUGGACUACUCUCUCAGGGCCUACCUCAGUAUCUUGUACCUGAAGCCCAGGACUCAGAUCAUACUGAGAGGGAAGAAGGUUCUUGCCAAGUUGGUGGCAAAGAGACUCACACACAUCGAGCAUGAUGUGUAUAAACCCCACUUCAGUAAAGAGAGAGUAAAGGUGACCUUUGGACUGAACCCAAAGAACAAAGAGCACUAUGGCAUCAUGAUGUACCACAAGAACCGGCUCAUCAAGUCCUAUGAGAAAGUGGGCUGCCAGAUCAAGUCUUCAGGUCAGAGGGCAGGAGUCGGGGUCAUCGGCGUCAUCGAGUGUAACUUUCUCAAACCUGCUCACAACAAGCAAGACUUUGAGUAUACCAAAGAAUACAGAUUGACCUUGGGCGCCUUGGGCCUGAAACUCAAUGACUACUGGAGAGAGGUGACAGUGAAGAGGGCCAGAGAGAGAGAGUUUCAUGCUAUGGAGAGGAAAGGUGAAAAGGAGGAGAGCCAGGAGAUCAACGAGAGUCCCAUGUGGUUACAGUGUGAAGAAUGCCUUAAAUGGAGAAGCGUCCCCCCGGGUCAUUACAGCGUCACUCCUGAAAACUGGAACUGCAGCCAGAACCCCAACCCACGCUUCAGGAGCUGUUCUUCACCAGAGGAAGCAGAGGAAAGUGAAGAGAUGUUAACACCCAGCUACCAAAAAACCCACAAGAAACAUGAGUACUCCAAAAGCAGGAAACGAGAAAAAUCACUGGAGGUGUGCGGGUUCCAAGAAACGGAGCCAAAACAUCAAAUGGUGUCACGUAGUUCAUCUGAGCCUUGCCAGCCCACCUUCCAGCCCCAACAUACAGCUGAUGACACAUUCACUGAACCGUCACACACCAAGGACACACAUGCACAAGACCAAACACACACUGAUCACCUUCUGGAUCAUCAUGAGGAUAUACACAGUGGAGAUGAUGCACAGAUACAAGAGGAAGUUGCGCUAGAAAACACACAAACACAAGAGGGACACACUGGAAAAGAUGUGAACGUGCGAGACCCGGCAGAGUUUAUGCAAGAAAAGGGCAUGCAAGGACAGCAUGCAGAAAAUGACACCAGUGAUGAAGCCACACAAACUCUUGAGGAUUCAAAGAGCGGCAAAAAGACGGAGACAAACAUAGAGCCAGAGCAGAGAGAGGAAGACAAAGUGGAAAAAUUAAGCCUCAAAAGGAAAAUAUCGUGGCCACUGUGCCACCUGAAAAAGGUGUCUCGCCCUUGGGAGGAGCAACAGCCUGACUUGGAGGACAUGGCAGAGGAGGUGCACCCUGGGAGAGAUGCCACUAAGCCCCAGACACCGUCAUGGGAGAAGACCAAGCAGGACAGUGGCGGCCGUGUAGAGAAGCCAGGUGACACUGCCCAACAUGCCUCCAGCCUUGCCUGGACUCACUCACCCCCGCCGACCCAGACUGUCAUGGUAUCUCCGCUGAGUCGAAACGAGGGCCCAUGGAGCAGGCCGCUGCCUCCAGAGGGAGGGGACAGGGAGGCAAUAAUGCAGAAGCUGGCCGGACUGGAGAAGGAGGCCCAGAGGCUUCGGAAGCUGCUCUGCCUAGAAGUCACGAAGACAACUCAAGGAACAAUGACAACCGCUAACACCAGCGCUGAGAAGCCACCAGGCAGGACAGAGACACUGCCAGCCUCCACAGAAGCCAGAGAGGUCGGCUGCCAGACGGAGCAUCAGAGCUCGACUUCAUCCAGUGAGCAGAGCCAGAAGCCUGGUAAUGAUCAGCCUGAGCAGGACAGACCCAGGAGGGACAAGAGUGAAAGCCAGAGCAGGACGAGAGUCACUGACAGUGAGAGCCGCUUACUCGAAGACAUCAGCGUGGCACAGGAGAGCCUGCGUGGGAUGCGCAACAACGUGGUGGUGCUUCUCUCCGCCCUCCUGCCCCAGCUGGACCUGGCUGGCAUCAGCAUGGAGACGUCCGACGUGGACAACAUCCUGCAGCAGAUCAUAGACGUCAACGCGCUGAAACUAUGAUUGUUUGUCCACGUCUCUGUUACAUGUUUCCACUGGCUGUUUGGCUUGUCUUCUCCCUGUCUGUUUUAUACACCGGUCGAUUUGAAAUGAAUUGAAAUGACUACACCUACUUGUAAAAAGUCAAGUGCAUCACAAAUAAUGUAGAUAUGCUCGAAUGUUUUGACCAGACCUGACCAGAUCUAGCUUGACAGUUCACCAUCACUCUGAGCAUUACUGUACAACACUGCGACAUAGUUCAGCAUUUUUUUGUUUAUUGAUGAGGCCUGUAAUCUGUGUUGAAUCCUGAAAAAGUCUUGCAAUGUGUGAUUCUUGCUACAGUUAUCUGAACAUUUUUGUUUUAAUUUAUAAAGGAGUGACAGAGUGCCUUUUUCCC